CAAGCCAUGGAAGGACAAGAUCCCUGGCUCCCCCAUUCUUCGGGCUCCGCUGGUCGCAUCUAAACCUCCCGACAUCCUUGAUUGGUUCCAAUGAAUCCCCGGAUAACGAAGAAACUGGCCAAGCAGGCAUGAGGAUUGAAUAAGCUGCUUAUUGAGGGUUACUACUGAAGUGGUCGCGGGAUGUCGAUUGAUGCAAUCGCAAGCAAUACUCCACAAUCACGAAAUCAUAUGAUAAUCCUCGAGUGGGCUCGUAUAUCUGCUGGUGCAUCAUGUACCCCUCAGAUGACGACGGAACCUUUCGUAUCGCGAUUGCAAAGUACACACUUUAACCAGUUCUAGAGAUUUGUUUGCGAGACCAGCCCUAUUCCUUCGUAUUCCUUAUGGCUUCCCGUGCACGAUCCUACUACCUUAUCUUCUGCUACAUCAUGGAUGAUGGAUUAAGGUAUCAUUCCGAAGAGAUGACCCCAUCUAAGCUCAUUCUUAUACGAUCAUCAUUGUUGUUACCUAUUGCUAUUCUUAGUAAACCUUCACCGAUCAACUGGCAAGGAUCCUAGAGACCUUCGAAACUUCUCCAUUUCGUCGGAUACUUUGUCUGUUAUCCAACUCUACAACUCAGGCGUUCGUUUUCACCAGUCAAAAUAUCGCAAUUCCUUUUUCUACGAUGUACGCUCCUCUCCAAAAUCGAAGCGAAAGCGUGGGGUCAUCUGCAGCAGAUGAUCAAGAUCAUUUGUUGGAAAAAGAAGCCCACGACUUCUCUACCUCAUACAGACCAAGCUCAAGAGUUCACUUCAUAAUCCCCACUUUAAUUACGAUAGCAACUACACUUUCUGCAUUCGUUUUAGGGACUUGGUUUGGAAGUCAGAAAUUUGCUCCGACAAACCGAGACUAUCUUGAACAUAUGCAAAAAUAUUGUAUGCGAAUCUUCCUGAUCUUCCCUGUUCCUAAGCUUCAGACUGAUCAUGAAUAGCGCCUAUCUUGAAAGAGGUUGAUGCAUCGUUGCAUAUUGUACUUUUCAAUGGCUCUUUCAUGAAGGAGAACGAAUUUCGGAAAGAUGCAGGACCAGAAGUAGACGCGGCAUGGGAAUCUCUCGGCGUAAACUGUAGGUUAGGCUUAACUUCAUGAACCCGCUUCUCUGACCAGAAAUAUAGACAGAGGUGUAGCUAUUCCAGUUGAGGAAGCAGCUGCUUCGGGGCUCGAUCAUACCAAGGUUCAAAUUAACCCCAAAUAUGGAGGAGGAUUUCCGGCAAACGUGGAAGGCCUUCAUCAUCUGCACUGCCUCAAUCUUCUACGCCAAUCUCUCUACUUCAAUUACGCUUACUACCAUGAGAAAGGAGAAGGCGCCUUCACAAACGACGAUAUGAUUGUCAAAUAUCAUGUUACUCACUGUCUGGAUAUUAUUCGACGACAAUUAAUGUGCAAGCCUGAUACUGGUGUACUUGGUCAGAUAUGGUGGGAUAAAGACGCCCCAAAGGCUUUCGUGGACUUCAACACCGAGCAUAAGUGCAAAAACUAUGAGGCUAUUCGUCAAUGGGCGGAGGAAAGGCAGAUUCCUGAAAAUGUCGCAAACGAUUUCUUGAAGCACCCUGAGAGCAAAGAUAUUAUCUACGAAGAAAUCCCCUAAAUAUAAUUAUGGCCAUCCGCAAAGUCACGUUUUAUCCUGGCACACAGAUUGGUGGGCUUGGAUUACGACAAGAACAACUGAGCCCCCAUUCAAAGCACCAUGCAACAUCCUUCUGGUGACGUACCGUGAAGGGUUGAUUGCAUGCAGAGGCAAUUCUGGUGCCUAUGAUCAACAAAGGUGGUAACCAUAUCACGUGAUACGAAAGAAGUUUGAGAAUGAAUGGUUCAUCUUCCAAAACAUCCAGCUCUGCUCAUCUGUGCGCUGUCAAGGUCAUAAUAGAAGGGGUUCGAUGUAUUUUGGAAUGAGGCUUCACAUUAAUGUCGCAGGUACCUUACUUAACAUUUUAACAAUUAAGCCCUCGUGCCCCUAUCUCUU